GCCUCACUCAGUAGCGCGACGAGCGUCGAGCUGCGUGUAUUUUGGGUGUCUUCUUCUUCUUUGCAAUCUUGCGCGCGCGCGUCCUCGUUCGACGUUUCUCGGGCGUACUGUUCUAUCUCUCUCUUUCUCCUUCGUUUUCUUCCCCGACCGAAACGCCGAGUCUCUUUCCCUUCGAGUCGGGACGCGAAACGCGGCAGCCGCGUGUGUGCCAUCGUUACGCUCGACGAGCGAGCGCAGGAGCCAACGAUCGAGAGGGAAGCCAGCAACCAGGAGGACUUCGAGGAGGAAGAGCGAGCAAGAAGCGACGGGUGAGAAGGAGAGUUUCCUCAGAGAAGCCAUUUCGAACACAGUUUCGGUGAACUCGAGAAGCGGACGACUCGCUCGGUUUCGUCGUUACGAUGCAGAGCAACGGUUCGGAGAAUGUGGGAUCCGAGAACGGAGUCGACAAAUCAGGAUGGACGGUCGGAUUAAUCAACGGUAAGUACAAGUAUCUCACGGCGGAGACGUUCGGUUUCAAGAUCAACGCCAACGGCUCGAGCCUGAAGAAGAAACAGUUGUGGACGCUGGAGGGUAGCGAGCAUCAGGUUUUCCUUCGCUCGCACUUAGAUCGAUAUCUGGCGGUCGACCAGUUUGGUAACGUGACGUGCGAGAGCGAAGAUUCGUCGGAUCCGGGAUGCGCUUUUCAGAUACAACUCUCGUCCGACGGCAGCGGACGAUGGGCGCUGAAGAACAUCCAGAGAGGCUACUUCUUAGGCUCGAGCCAAGAUGAAUUGAAGUGCACUGCUAAAGCCCCAGGCGAGGCGGAAUACUGGCUGGUGCAUCUCGCCGCCAGACCGCAGGUGAAUCUCAGAUCGGCCGGGAGGAAACGUUUCGCACAUCUGAGCGCGACGCAAGACGAGAUUCACGUUGACGCGCCGGUGCCUUGGGGUGAGGACACCUUGUUCACUCUGGAAUUCCGCCCCAUGGGUGACGACGAGCACGGGGAGCACGGCAAGUCCGAGGGUGGUUAUUACGCUCUGCAUACCUGUAAUAAUAAGUAUCUCGCGCGCGACGGCAAACUACUGGACAGCUGCACGCGGGACUGUCUGUACGCCGCGGAAUUCCACGCUGGUCUUCUUGCUCUACGCGACAUAAACGGCGCGUACUUGGCACCGAUUGGAAGCAAAGCUGUUCUGAAGUCGAGAUCCACGACCGUUACGCGCGACGAGCUCUUCUCAUUGGAGGAAUCUCUGCCACAGGCCUCGUUCGUCGCCGCGUUGAAUCAGCGAUACGUUUCGGUGAAACAAGGCGUCGACGUGACGGCCAAUCAGGACGAGAUCUCCGGUCAUGAGACAUUCCAGUUAGAGUUCGAUCGGGUGACGAAACGAUGGUACGUGCGGACAAUGCAGGACCGCUACUGGAGCUUGGAAGCUGGCGGUGGCAUUCAGGCGUCCGAUCACAAGCGCUCGUCUAACGCGCUCUUUGAUCUGGUGUGGCAAUCGAACGACGGCACCGUCGCGAUACGCGCCAACAACGGCAAGUUCCUGGCCACCAAACGAUCCGGCCAUCUCUACGCGAACGCCGACUCGCUCAACAGCAACGACUCGGACGCCGCCAAAUAUUACUUCUACCUGAUGAACCGACCGGUGCUGGUGCUGCGUUGCGAACAGGGCUUUGUCGGGCCGAAGAGCGGGGCCAGCCCCAAGCUCGAGUGCAACAAGGCCAUCUACGAGACGAUACGCGUCGAACGGUGCGAACGCGGUGUCGUCAGAUUCAAGGGUCAAAAUGGGAAGUACUGGCACGCGGACAGCGAAGGUGUCACCGUGGACUCGGACAUGCCGUCCGACGGGUUUUAUCUGGAGCUGCGCGAGCCGUCGCGGAUCUGCAUCAAAUGCGUGGACGGCCGGUAUCUCACCGCGGGCAAGAACGGCGUGUUGCGCUUAGGCGAGACGGACUACGAGUCCGCCACAAAGUGGGAGUUUUAAUGCGAGAGAUAAAAAAAAAAAAAAAAAAUGAUGCAACACGCGCGAAUAAUGCAACGAAGAAAACGAGAGAUGCGCAUAAUUCCACUGUCUCUUCAAGCUUUGGUCGUAAACACCGCAGCACCGUAAUCCCCCGACCUAAAACACACAAAUGGCAGAGAACUCGCAGUCUGCGCCGAUUCCUGUCGCGUACUUAAUCGAGCGUACCGCGCGUCGUAAUAAAAAAAAAAAAUCCUAUAACGGUGUCGACGCGCUCGCGCGCGCGACUAUACUCCUUUUCUAUUUUUUGUCCCCUUCUCUUUAGAGAUCUUGAUGGAAAAAGAAAACAAAAAAAAAAAAAAAAA